AUGAUCGUCAUACCAAAAGGUGCUUUAGUGAUCUUUGAUGGUCUGAACAAGGAACUCUGUGUGGGGAUCCAUCUUGUUGUUAUUCGCAUUGUUCACCUUGGUCGAAAUUCUGGGUGGUUGGUUCACCUUGGUCGGAAAUCUGGGUGGUUGUUCUGCACUUUCUAUUUUAAGCAAGCAGCUUCAUCCUUGAUGAUGGCCUAUGGUGGAGAUGAAUUUGUUCAUCCUGACAAUGCGGUACCAGUUUCCCUCACUCGGUUCGGUUACCCUCAGAUCAUUCCGUCUCAUCAUAGGCGUAUGAUUCUGAAGAAGGAUGAGAAAGCGGACAUGUUGAUUGCGUAG